AUGAUAUUGGCUGUCGCAGAUGUUAUGCGUUUCGCUUUUAUCGAUCUUAGGCUAAAUGUACCGUCUAGCGACGAAUCUGGAAUUAGAACCAAAUACCGUCCGAAUUCGACUGGAUUGAGCUUCAGCACACUUCUGAAAAAUCGAUCCCGCAGAUGA